AUGUCGAUGCUGUCGAAGCCAGUUUUAAUAAAUCAAAAUAAAAAUGUCGACAUGCUUUUCCAUUCAUUCUCAUAUAAACUGUACGAAUUGUUUAUAGAUCCAAAUACAUACAUUCUCAAUGCGAACGGACUUACUUUUUAUCAAAAAUUUGAAGUCCAAUCCAUGAACUUUAGAUAUUUGUUUCAAUACUAUUCAAGAUACUCCGACACACCUAAAAUAACAGAUGAUUUAUACUCAGAACCAUUAACACCAUAUACAUUUUAUCGGUUUUUGGUGGAAUUCGUUGAUAUGGUUGCGUUUAUGCCUAAUACUAAAGACUCCAAGCAAAAAGAACUAUCCAAAUUAUACCAAUACGCCAUAUUUAACUCACCAAAGCUUUGUUUGUAUAAUACCUUCAGUGAUCUCCGAAAUACACUGGUCAAAUACCUCAAAACGACAUUGAAAGGCGAUGAACUAAACUCAUUCUACCAGAUUUUCGAAGCUUGUUUCUUAAAAUCCAUUUAUCAUCAACCCAAAAUCACAGAAACAAAAGUAAGACACAAUUUCAGAAGUAUACUUCAUCUUAAGAAAGACCAAAUGCCAAAAACAUGUCCUUCUUACAAGAAAUACAAAAAUUUUGUUGAAACAGAUUUAUUCCUUCACGAAAGGGCCGCAAUGGUCGACAAGCACUGGAUAUACACUGACAAGCAGAUGGAAGACGAUCCAGUCGGCUACCGUCAAGACGCAAUCCAAAUUUUGCUCUAUACAUCAAAACAAAUUUCGAAAUAUUACUUCAACAAAAAUCCGAAAGGAAAAGCAUUGAUUUUGCUUUCUUUCAACGCGAAUACCCAAGAAAUCCUUAAAAACAACAAACUUUUCGCAAUUAUUCAUUAUCUCAAGAAGAAAAUCGCAAUUCCGCUUGAAGACGUCACAACAGAGAUGAUUCUUCCUGCCGUGGAGAAAUCAGGAGGAAGAAUUUCAAUAACUACGGCCAAUGACCAAAAAAAUCCAAUUUUUGAGAUUGAAUUUCAAUCAUUGAUGACAAACCAACACAGAGAUGGUGAAUUCAAGUUCAAUGGAGCCAAAAUCAUCUACUCUUUGGACACUUCUUUCUUUGAAUUGAAAAAUAGAAUUCCAUUAUCUCACAAAUUCUUCGGAUCUGAAUGUUCCAGCGACAAUUGCAUUGACUUUGCUAUAUCAGCAAUGAUAAAUGAGUGGUUUAAGGACAUGGGAGAGAAGCCUCCGAUUCAAUUUUACACAUUUAUUGUAGAUUUCGCAUUAAAGCAUGGAAUUCCGGUUUCUUAUAUCUAUUUCCGUAUACUUAAUGACUUAGAAAUCUGCUGGACAUCCUCUGGAUCGUUUUUGGAAGCUUUUGUUCCGAUUUUAUUAACUUGUUACGCAAUAACUCAGAAAUGCAAAGUUAUUGAUGAGGAACAGCAAAGUUUGGAAUCAAUUUUCCAAUCCCUAAAGAAUAAAGUUCCAAAAUUGAUCAUGAACGCGUUAUCUAAACCAGAUGUGAUCGAAAAACCAGCUAUUACUCAAUUACUCAUCAUACUCUCAUUUAUCCAUGAUCCAAACACCAUUGAAGAGUACUUUCAGUCCAUUAUGAGUGACGCAAUUGUUAAUAUUUUCAAUUCUGUCAUAAAUACACUCAAAUUCGUACCAACAAUGAAAGAGGCGAGAAGUGAAGUAAUGCCACUAUUUUCUGUUGCAUCGAAUUUGGAGUUUGACCCUGUUAUUUCCAAAAAUGGAAUUCCUUGGGUCGAUGUCGACAUAAAAUCAAUGAUAAACGCCAUGAAAGUCAUGUUGUUGAGGUCAGAGAAACUCACCGCAUUCUUCACAACAUCGACAUUGCCUAAUUUUGCAAAUCAUUCCGAAUCAAUUCGAAAAGAUUUCGCCAGCAUAGCGUAUAGCAUCGCCAAAUCCUUCUGUAAUCACGAUCCGAUACCAAGUACAGACCAGACAUUCCAAUUUCUCGGUGUUUACCGCACUGUUUGGCGAAUUUUCGGAUCUGAAAAACAUAUGUCACCGGAAACUUUGUUUGUUAAGACUGUUCUGAACUGGCUGACUGAGUUUGGUCCAAGUUUAAUUGAAUGGACAACAAGAGCUGUAGAAGUUGAUGAUUUUUCAGUGAUUAUGAAAGAUGAUUUGGCAAGUUCAUCAGUUUUCGACUUAUUCAGGAUAUUUAAUGAUACUGUUAAAUUCCUUGAUAAUCUACAGUUCGUCGAAUCAAUAAUGAACGACAUUUUGACUUCUUAUGCAACAUUGACUUCUGCUACGGCCAGAUUGUACUUCAAUCAGCUCUUUUCAUUGAUUGAAACAAAGACAUACAAAAUUAUUCACGAGAAAUACAACAUUCCCCGUGAAAUUUCCAUUCCUCAGAGUUAUGUCGUUUUAAAUGACUUUGUUCUGAUGAAAAAUCAAUGGAAACAGUUCGUAGACUUGACAAAGAAGAAGUACAAUGUUGACCCUGAUAUCUCUGACCCGUUAAAUUGUUAUGUCUCUUCAAUUAAUUUUUGUAUCAAAUCUUUUGAAAUACAAAGCGGAAUUGUUGUCAAAAACAAAUUAUUUGAUACAAUCUGGACAAGCUGCGGCUCAUUUACGAGGAAAAUGUUCAAAUUUGAGAGACAAAAUGUCAAAUUUGUUACAAAAAUCAUUGAAGAGGAAUGUGAAAAGUAUUAUUCGCAGAUCAACAAUCUCCUUCAAAUGUUCCGCAGUAAAAUCAUCAUUGCCGUGUUCAGAGGUGUUGAAAAUGCAAUAAUUGAAUCAUUUUUACCAUUUUUGGAAACAUACAAUGAUUUGAACCAAACUUUGAGUUUCGAGAACUUCAAAGAGUUCCUUUCUGUUGCACUCAAAGCAGUUAUCAAUGCUGCAGAAGGAAUAGAGAAUGAAUCACUCAGAUCAAAGGCAAUGAACGAAACUUCUCAUCUUCAGUGGGGAAGCAGAAUUUCGGAUAAAAAUUUCCUCUCAAUUCAAGAAGUCGAAAUUCCUGACGACGACAAACCAUCACAGGUCAUCAGAGCCAUUGUUCUGUGCUGCUUGGCAACUUCUGAAGAAGAAAAGAAAUACGCAAGGCUUCUGGCAAGAGAUUUUAGAGAAACUUCCUUGUUUGACCCAUCAGUUUUGAAUAUGAAAGAACCAGAAAGAUAUUAG